AUGGCUCAACUCGGUAAGAAACCACAGGACGAAGCAAGCCAUCGGCGUUCUCAAAGCGUAACGAGCUGCGUUGAAAGUGUUAAGGGCAGGAGCAAACGCACGGACGAAGCAAAUGGCAAGAGCACUCAGCGCUUCGACUAUCAACUCCUGCUGGUUGCAGCCAAGGAGGUCGACCCGCACUUGGCGUUCAACAAAUACAUCCUCCAUGGCUACAGGCACAAGUUGACUCCGAUGCAGUGCAUCCUGUCCGUCUUUCAGAUCCACAACGAGACAGGGAACAUCUGGACCCACAUGCUGCCAAUCGCUUUCUUUGUCAGCCACCUCGUUCUCCACGGUCCUUGGCAGCAUGCCCCUCUCUUUUACCUGGCGGCGACCGUCCCUUGCGUCCUCUGCCUCACCUGCAGCUCCAUCUAUCACACCUUCAUGCCUCUCUCGUCGGGUGAAAAGACGUAUUCCACCUUGCUGUUCAUCGACUACCUCAGUGUUUUCAACGUGAUGGUAUGGCCUGAAGUUGUCUCGAUCUACUGGAGCUUCUACUGCGAUCCCAGCGUGAAGCUCUUCAUGUUCGUGGUUUACUUCUCCAUCACCGUCCUCUGCCUCGGGCUUGCGCUGAGAGCGAGAACGGUCAAGGAAAGGCUCCUCCCCUUCGGCAUUCAGUCCCUCGCUCGAGGGAUCAGUUUGAUUUUCCGAAUGACCUUGGGCUAUGCAAGCAAGGAAGCGACUUUGCUCUACCUCGCGACAGAAUUUCUCGGAAUCGCCGGAGGAAUGAUCAAUGCCAUGCGUGCUCCGGAAUCGAUCUUCCCAGGCAUGUUCGACACUUGGCUGAACUCGCACCAGAUCAUGCACAUCUUGACUGCGAUGGCUCAAUUUUGUGUCUUCUACGCGUGCCAAACCGAUUAUGAGUACUGGCAGCGAACGAGCUGCCUGGAUGUGAAGAGGUGGAAGGUGCUAGAAUUCUUGUAA